AUGUCUACUGAAGACACAGCGACUCCCACGGAUUCACGUGCGGGGACUAUGGCCCCUGAGUCGGUCGUUCCUUCGUCGCCACUCACGGACCCGACUGAGGCUGAAGACUCGAAGUCUUCUCAUGACAAAGAUGAUGACUCCAAGGAAGACUUGAGCGAUUCAGAAGACGUCGAAGGGAUGGACAGCAAGGCCAAGGCCUUGAUGCAUUUGUUGAAAACUAGCUCCGUCUUUGUGGCUAUCAUGUCAGAUAAAAUGAAGAAGCAACAGGAGGACGCACGCUUGGCGGCGAUCAAGCAGCGCGAACAAGCUGUCGCGAGUAAGAAGACAACCGAGUCUCCUCCCGAACCUGCUCGCCGAACCACUCGAACUCGGCCGACCCAAGAUGCGACUGAGGAGAACACAUCCGCUGGCAGAAAGGCCUCCAAUGAAAAGACCACAGGUUCAACCAGAGGUCGGCCUAAGCGGACAGGUGCCGCCGCCGCCAACGGCAGCUCUAUUUCCAGUUACUUUAAAAAGGCCGACGUGGAAGUGACUGAAGAUAAUCCCUCUGUGCAACAAGCCCUCGAGCAGGCUGCAGAUGACUACGAAGCGAACCCAACAGCUCUUGGCGAGCAAGAUUUAGUCGCGACACAGCAGCCAACACUUGUGAGUGGUGGCAAAAUGAGAACGUACCAGCUGGAGGGCCUCGAAUGGCUGAAGACUUUAUGGAUGAAUGGGCUCUGUGGCAUUCUUGCCGAUGAGAUGGGCCUUGGAAAGACCGUUCAAGCAAUCUCGAUGAUUGCUUUCCUAAAGGAGAAACAGGUUUCGGGACCGUUCUUGAUUGCAGCACCGCUGAGUACGGUGAGCAAUUGGGUCGAUGAGUUCGCCCGAUGGACCCCGGGAAUCAAAACCGUCUUGUAUCACGGCUCGAAGGAUGAGCGAGCUGCCAUGCGCAGCAAGUUUCUGAAGCUGAAAAACCAGGGAGACAUGGACUUCCCGGUGGUGUGCACAUCCUACGAAAUUUGCAUGAAUGACCGAAAGUUCCUGUCUCAAUAUCAAUGGCGUUAUAUUGUUGUUGUACGUUUGUUUCAGUCUUUUUCAUUUACCAAAUGCUAA